AUGUUAUCGCCACUUGAAAAAAAAGAAAAGAAUAAAUACACGAUGGACAAAACAAUGAGAAACACGACGACGACGACGACGACGACAACGACGAUGAUGAUGAACGCACAAAAUUCACCGAGAGGAAAGGAAAGAAAAGGAUGCGAGGAUGAUGGGAACAGGAGAGGAUGUGGUGGUGGUGGUGGACAAGAUGAAAUUCGUAAAAACGAAACCUGCAACAUUUUAGGAAAAUUCACGUCGAAAAGAUUUUCACCGGCCAAAUCAUUUAAAUCGACACGUAAAAAGGAUGAUUGGAAAGGAGAUGAAAUUCGAGAUCUCAAUUUUCCGAUAACCAAGAGAGACGGAAAUAAGACUGAUGAUGCGACAACAAGGGAAACAAUCGGCGAAAUGGUUAAUUUUUCUUCUUCUUCUUCUUCUUCUCCUUGUUCGCCAAUGGUUGAUCAAACCCACAGACCAGAGACCAUAUAUGUAAGAGAAACGAGAGCUUCACGUUUGAGGGCCGCUAGCAAAACUACUCCUACUCCUUCUGAUACGGAUUCGGCGGGAAUGUACAGGUCGACGAUUAACGAACAACCGACUAGAAUACCACCUUUCAAAGUAAGCGAAACUAUAUAA